GUAAAAAAAAUUGCUGGUAAAAAGCGUGGGCGGAGCUUCGUUUUAGCUGAAUCAGCAAUAAUUAAAGGACCCAGUCCUUAAUUCACCUGAGUAACUUUCUUUGAUGUUGAAGUACAUUUUUACUUCAAGAUUGAAGCCAGCUACUCGAGUGUUGUGUCAGCCUGUCAGUAUACUGUUGAAGUUUAUCUAAAUUCACAAUUCUGUUUCCUUCUAGACAUUUGUGACAUUUGUGACAGUGCCAAUGAAAACGGACCUUAACGCGAAAUUAAGGUAGACAUGAAAAACAUAGGCAAAAAAAUUUUUUUUCCACAGGUGCUAACUUCAACCUUUCCUCUACCUACCUGUGAAAAUUUGGGUCUCUACGAAGCUUCAGGUCAAGCGCCGACGUUGAAGAAACUCACCAAACGUUCAUUUGUUACUAUGAAAUUUACUGCCCUGGGAAUUUCCCUAUUAUUGGUCAUUAUUUUUAACAAAUUAAAGAUGACAACUUGUACAAGACUAUUUCAUCAGCCCAGUACUUACAAUCAUCAAGAGGAGCCAGGUAUAUUAUAGCUCCACUUUUUAACAAACAUAAUUAACAGAAAUAGAUUAGAAAGAGCAGCUAUCUAGCUAGCUAGCUUGGCGUAGAUCCACUCUUGUUUCUUUAGAUGUAUGUAUCCCGUGCCCAUAAACACUCCAUAACAACCUACAGAUAAGUAGUAAGUUAAGAUAGACACAAUAUCAAUGUUCUAGCCAAUAGACUAGUGUUCCUCCGACACUUACCACCACCUGGGGGAUAAACAGUUUCCUGGGCCCUCCAUGAUGUGAUCACCUAUCCCAUCAGGCCUGUUACUACUAAGCACAAUGGCAGUGAUACCAGUACUAAAUUAAAGGAGGAAAGCUAUGGGGCGCCGUUUGUCUCAAAACUCCUAGGAAAUAUGACCAGUGUAAAAUUUUGAGGUUAUAUAUAAUUAUACUGACAGUCUACAUAUAUAAAUAGGUGGUGAAGUAUAUAUACUGACAGUGUACAUUUAUAAGUAGGGGUGUAGUAUAUAUAGAGAUAGGCAUUAUAUAUACUGACCAUCUACAUUUAUAAAUACAGAGAGGCAUUAUAUAUACUGACGGUGUACACUUAUGAAUAGAGCAUCAAAUAUAAUACUGAGAAUCAACAUUUUAAAUAGAGUGGUGUUAUAUAUACCGAUCAACUACAUUUAUAUAAGUGUGCCACGCUUAUAAACAGAGAGGUGACAUAUAUAUACCGACCUACUACAUUUAUAUAACAUAUAUAUACCGACGGACUACAUUUAUAUAAGUGUGCCACACUUAUAAAUAGAGAGGUGACAUAUAUAUACCGACCUACUACAUUUAUAUAAGUGUGCCACACUUAUAAAUAGAGAGGUGACAUAUAUACACUGACCUACUACAUUUAUAAGUGUACCGGGCCACGCCGCUUAUAACUCUGACAGAGAGGGAUCAUUACCCAUUCUAUAAGUAUAACAUCACAUGAUUGUAGGCGUGCCAUGUGCAUAUAUAGUGAGAGCCAUAUAGCCACUUGAAAAGAGACUUAGUUAGGUGAAUCAGAUGGCCAACAUAUCUGUGAAUGUUGGCACACUCUCCACUGCAUUAGCUGCUGCACUACAGCAAGCUGUUGGUACCAAUCAGCAAAGUGUAACACCUCGACCUCAGGCUCAAGCACAAGUACAGAGUCAGCCAGGACCCAGCCUGAGCAAUAGUCAGGGACCAAGUACAAGUGCAAGUGUAGGGUGAGUGGCAGUUAGUUUAAUAUGUAGGUGGGAGCUAGCUAUGGAAUUCGGAAGAGUCAAAAACAGUACUGUUUUUUGUUUGUUUAGACAUGCCUUGUCAGUGUUGCCUUCAUUUCUGAAGAGAAGAAAGGGUAACUCUACCCUCCCGAGAAAGCGCAAAAAAACGUUGCAAACAUGGGACAGAGACAUCGUUUGCCUCCCUAAAGUGAAAUCAGCAGAUAUGCAUAUCGCCUACCCAAGGGGAAAAUAUCGUGAACAGCUAGGGAAGAAUGGGUUGAUUGGAAAGGUACGGCUCAACUCAAAUAUGAGCAUGCAAGAUGCAAGAAGUCGAGCGAAAUUCGCUCUGUGUUUCAGCAGCCGAUGAAGGAUCAACGUGACUUUCCUUACAUUUACUUACAGUCAACAGGUUGUGGAAGUCGCUCGCUAACCAUCCCAUCCUUGUCGGCAUCGUUUGAAUGGACAGUGCAGCAGGUAGUGAAGAUCGGUGGAACCAAAGGAAACACAUAUAUAAUGGCACAGACUGAGUUGUUUACACCAUUUGAGAGUGAUCAUGAGGAUGACGAUCAUUCAGAUGCAGAAAUAUCUUCAGAUGAAGCUGAAAAAGUUUUCUCAAAGAAAGCUUCCUCGAAGAAAGCUUCCUCAAAGAAAGUUGAAAACGAAUCUCCUGCCGUUAGUACAUCUUUGAGUUCUGCUGAAAGUAGUUACCAGAAUUAUGUUGACGUUAUUGACCUCACCACUGAUGAAUUACCAAACAUGGAAAGUGAUGACUCUGAAUUAGAUGAUCUUCCUGUUGUUCCCAUUUCAAUGGAUUCUCGGGCCAUUAACAAGAUGAAGAGAGCACCAGACAUGGUGGUUGCCAAACAUGCAAUGAUACAGCACCAGCGAAAGGUCAUCCAAGCUAAAGAUGAGGAAGAUGAGGAAGAUACGCAAUCUGUGUACAUACGACGAAAAUUACUCUAUUCUGAUUCUGAUGCCUUCAAAGCCUUUUCUCAGCCUUCUUUUAAUGUCUCUAAAAUGUUGAAGGUGACAUUCAUUGGAGAGGGAGCUGUGGAUGACGGGGGACCACGCAGGGAGUUUUUUUCCAUCCUAAUGAGAGACACAUUUGCUAAAUCUGGAUUAUUUUGUGGAUCACCUGAAAAUGUUCUUCCAAUCUAUAGUAUUCAGGGUGUUGCCGACAAUCACUUCUAUAUCAUUGGGAAAAUGAUAUCUACAAGCAUUGUCCAAGGUGGUCAGCCACCUUUGUGCUUUUCUCGAGCAGCAGCAGAUUUCAUUGUGUUUGAUAAAGUUAUCAGCACACCUUGUUUAGAGGAUAUCCCUGAUUACGAGAUUCGUGAACAUUUGAAAAGACUGCAGAAAUGUGACACCACUGAAGAGUUACAAGAAAUGCUUCAAUCAGAACAUUUCGAGUUCAUUUUUGAGUGUGGCUAUUCGAAAUUGGUAUCUUCUGUUGAUAUCACCUGUAAAGAGGAAAUAAUUAAAUGCAUAUGGCUGAGCUACAACAGCUACGAAAAGGUAUUAGAGAAACGUUGCAGAUGGAGCUCCCCAUAUGCAUGUAUCCAAACGAGGUGCAUUCCUUGUUGGUGCCGUCGUCCUCACUGAAGAUCACUACACAUUUCUUUCUGGAUGAAGUAAUAAUUGAUUACUCCGAUCAUGGAUCUAAUAAGCGCACUUUUGAAGAAGCUGUCAUUCUCCAUUGGUCAGAUUACAUCAUUGAUUUACCUGGACGAAAUAUCACACUUCAAGACGUGCUAAGAUUUAUGACUGGAUCGACGUGUUUACCAGCAGUUGGGUUGAGAAUCCCCCGUCAAUUUCUUUUACUGAUGCUGACCAGCUGCCUACAGUUUCCACCUGUUCUUUGACCUUAACGUUCCCACGAUCAUGUUCUAAAAUGUCAACUGACAAUUUCCAACAAAUGAUGGACCUGUGUAUUCUAGGAUCAUGCGGAUUUGGACAGGUUUAGAACUUAAUGACUUUUGAAUUAUUCAUGCGGAUUUAGAACUUGAGAAUUAUUCAUGCUGAUUUGUAUGGCGGUAGAUUAGUGUCAAAAUUAUGAGGUGUUUUUUCAGCAAGGGGGUUAUUCUACAGAGGGUGUCAAAAUUAUAUGGGGUGUCUUUUCAGCAAGGGGGUUAUUCUACAGAGGGUAUCAAAAUUAUAUGGGGUGUCUUUUCAGCAAGGGAUUAUUCUACAGAGGGUGUCAAAAUUAUAUGGGUGUCUUUUUAGCAAAGGGUUAUUCUACAGACAGUGUCAAAAUUCAGUGUAUGGGAUGUCUACUCUGUGUGUGUCAAAAUUAUAAUGGAUUGUCUUUCCAGCAAGGGGGGUUAUUCUACAGACUGUCAAAAUCAGUUAUAUGGGGUGUUUCAGCAAGGGGGUUGUUCUACAGGUGUCUUUUCAGCAAGGGGGGUUAUUCUACAGACAGUCAGGUGUAGAAUUAAGAGGGGUAUUUUUCCAACAAGGUCGUUGACUGUUAUUCUAGUGUCAAAAGCAUGAGGAGAGUUAGUUGGAGCGUGGCCCAACUUGAUGGAGGGUGUAUUUUUCAGCAAGGGUCUGCCAUGCAUUGCAUGCUAGCCUCGAUUCCAGGCCUUGAAUCGAGGCUAAUGCAUUGCUCAUUCAGCCUCUUCAAAGCGGCCUGGAUUCGAGGCUUUUAAAUUAUGGGAACUGAGUAAUUUUUGAGAGGGCGUGGUCUCAAUUACUUUAUUAAUGAUCAAGCAUGAGUUGUGACUGGAUUGUAGACAGCUUGGUAGCACUUAUCUCCGAUAUGAAGGAGGGAAGAGUAGUAACAAGAGAUAUAGUGGAUGGCUACAAGUGGAGAAUUGAACUUAUGUGCUCAGAUUUAAUGGCAAAGGGCAAAGGAAGCUAUUUCUGGCGAAUUAUGUACUUCCGAGUGUAGUACUCUUGAUUUACUGAACAAGGCCUACAAGGAGAUGGAUACAUUGCUAAAUAAGUUGUUAAGUAAUGGAGGAGGUUCUAACGCACAAUUUCAAGCACCUUUGAUGUUGUCUGGUGUAGUUGGACGACCAGCGUAUGUUAUUCCUGAAGAGCAACUUCAAUGUUUAAUUGAAUCUCGUUUCACAGUUCCUCAAAUCAGCAAACUAUUAGGUGUAUCUGUAUCCACAGUUCGUCGACGUAUGUCAUCCCUAAAUCUUUCCAUCCGCUGUACAUAUUCACAAAUAUCAGACGAAGAGUUGGACAGUGUUGUUGGAGGUGUACAACAACAGUACCCAAACUGGGGUAACCGACAGAUGUACGGUUACCUUGUGUCACGUGGAAUCAGAGUGCAAAUGAAUCGAGUUCGGGAAUGUCAGAGAAGAAUUGACCCACAAGGAUGUGUCUUGAGAAGGCUGAGAAACUUAAGGAGACGAGUGUAUUCAGUUCAAGGUCCACAACAUCUUUGGCAUAUAGACGGGCACCACAAGCUAAUCAGGUGGAAGCUUGUGGUUCACGGUGCUAUUGAUGGGUACAGCAGAUUAAUUGUGUUUCUCAAAUGUGCUGACAACAACACUUCUGAAACUGUGCUGUCCAAUUUCACAGAUGCAGUUCAGUUGCAUGGAGUGCCUAGCAGAGUACGCAGCGAUAGAGGUGGCGAGAAUGUACUUGUACACGAGUACAUGGUGGCACAUCGUGGACCAAAUAGAGCAAGCUUUAUUGCAGGGCGAAGCGUACAUAACCAGCGUAUUGAACGGUUAUGGCGUGAUGUCUACAGUGCUUGCAUUGUUGGGUAUUACUGUUUAUUUUCACACAUGGAGGACAUAGGUAUCUUAGAUGUUGACAACUCUGUUCAUCUAUUCUGUUUGCAUUACGUAUUUCUUUCAAGAAUUAAUCAGAGUCUACAUGACUUCACAGCUGCUUGGAACAAUCAUCCUCUUUCAUCAGUCAGAAAUGCAAGCCCAAAGCAACUUUGGAUAAGUGGAUCACACCCCCAAGACAUUGAUGAACAGAUCCACAACAGCGACUACGGUAUUGAUUGGGAUGGACCUCUUCCUGUUGGCAGUAACGAGAGCUCAAUAGUUGUUGAUCCACCACAACAGCCUCUUUGCUCUAUGGAAUAUGAAGAAUUAUCUUCUGUUGUACACCCCCUUGCACAGAGUUAUGACCAUGGCAUGGAUUUCUAUAUGGACGCUGUUGAAUACACCUACAGUAAAAUUAACAGUUGCUAAGAUUUAAUAAUUAUGUCACUUCUGUUUCCAUAAAUAAUCUCAUGAAUAA